AUGUCUACUUUUAGAAUAAUGAUCUUGUUCUUGUUUUGCAUUUCUCUUACGUGUCUGCUGUUUUAUUCUUCAGCCAAAAGAAAUGACAGACCAAUCAUUGGAGUACUAGCCCAAGAUCUGUAUUCCCCCGUCCCAAAUCACACAGCUUACAUUGCUGCCUCUUAUGUGAAGUUCCUGGAGUCAGCAGGAGCGAGGGUUGUACCUGUCAUGAUUAACCAGACACCAGAGGAGUAUAAGACACUGUUCAACUCCAUUAAUGGGAUCCUUUAUCCCGGCGGAUCUGCCAACAUCACCUCAUCCGGGUAUCAACGAGCUGCAAAAAUCCUUUAUGACCUUGCUAUUGAGGCAAACAAGAGAGGCGACUAUUUUCCUGUGUGGGGCACCUGUCUUGGAUAUGAGCAGCUGACCGUUUUGACGAGUGGAAAUAAUUUACUGUCACGUACCAACACAAGAGAUGUGGCGUUACCGCUGGACUUCACUAAUGAAGCCAAACACAGCAGGAUGUUUAAAGGCUUUCCAGCUGAACUCAUGGAAGAAUUGGCAUCUGAGCCUCUGACAGCAAACGCUCACGUGUGGAGUGUGCCAGUGUCGACUCAUAACACAAACAAGGAGCUGAAAAACCUUUACAAAGUUCUCUCCACAAAUACGGAUGGAAACACAGAGUUUGUGUCGACGGUGGAAGCUUAUGAUUACCCAAUCUACGGGACACAGUGGCAUCCAGAGAAAAAUUCAUUUGAAUGGACGAGGUCUUACAUUCCACACUCUUCAUCAGCGGUGAAGAUCACCUUCUACAUGGCUGAAUUCUUUGUCAGUGAAGCCAGGAAGAACUUUCACAGAUUUGAAUCUGAGGAGAAGGAGAGAGAAGCGCUGAUAUACAACUACAGUCCUGUUCAUACUGGGCCCAAGAGUGCCUUCGAGCAGAAGUAUUUUUUCUGA